AUGGCCGUUGACUUGUCUUCUGCAUCGUCACGCAUCAUGCAAUUCAACUCUCAACAAGAGGAACUAGAAUACUAUCGAUCGCAUGCAGAAAAUCUCGAGGCGACAUUGCAAGAGACUCGUGCAGCCCUAGACGAAUUCCAAGUGUCAUCACGCGAAUUGGAAGAAGAACUAGAAAAGGAGCUUCAAACUACAGAAAAGGCAUACAAGGACCUGAAGGCACGUUGUGAACACUUUAAAUAUGAGGCCGACGAUUGGAAGUCCAAAUACACGCAAGCCAAGCAUGAACAAAACAUGAGCAUGAUGCAAAUGCAGCGGGAGAUUGAUAUCCUCAGGGCAACAGAAGAAAUGUUUCGAAGGAAGAUCUUGGAAUUGGAACUAGACAAUGAUGAUUUGGAACGUACUGAGAGAGCGGCUUCAUCAUCGCUUUCGGAUCUAGAAGUCAAGUUGAAUAAGGCCAUUGAGCGCAAUGUUAUUUUGGAGAACGAGAUUGCAGCCAAGGAUCAGCUCACAGAACAAGUACAACGUUUCAAAGAUGAACUCAAUGAUGUCAACCAUGAGUUAUCCGUUCUACGUCAAAAGAGCUCUAAGCAAAGUGAUACCAUCCAUGAUUUGGAAGGAAAACUCCACGCCUCUGAGAAAAGGUGCAAUACUUUGGAACAACAAGCACAACAACAGCAAGCUCAACAGCAACAACAACAAGGAACCACUUCACGCUCUUCAACCCCUGAUCGUGGCAGCACUUUAUAUGAUCGCCGUACCCGUAUACCCCGUACACCCAGUGUGGGUGGCAACAUGAAUGGCUUGGCUUCUACCAAUUCGAAUCCUGUCAAGAUGGUGCAAGAUAUGGUUAGCCGUGUGAGGAGUUUGGAAGCGAGAUUGCAGUCUUGUCGUUCCUUGGUAACGCCAUUAUUGAACCCGCCACCUUCUUACAGCUCAACGAUUCCAUCCUCUGGUAAUACACGCGACUCUGGUAUUGGUAGUCAACCUGCAUCGCCAACAUCAAGUAUCCGAUCCGGUAGUCCAAUGCAAUUCUCUAAUAUCAAAGCACGACGACCCUCCGAAUAUAUGAUGCGAUCGAGUGAAGAUGGCACAGAGUAG